CUUCAGUCACUCUUUCGUAUUCCGUGUUGCUGGACUGGUUCUGUGUCCUCGUAGCUCGUACAUACGUAAUAAUAAGAAUAUUACAUGAUAUUGCGAUUGGGAUCAACGCUACGAAACUCAUUUAUUUAACAACGCUGUACCCACUUUGGUUAUUACAUUACACGAGUAAACGAGGUCCAGAAAACGGUUGCAUAAUAAGGAGAGGAGAGAGAGUGUUUAAAAGGAGAGGGAAAAAGGGAGCUGUUCUGGAUUUUACAGACAAAAUAAACUUUUACAUUCGUUUUAAAACAUUGUUUAACUGACGAGAGCUAAACCAGGAGACUGCUGCAAUUCGAAAAUUUAUUGUUUUUAGGGAAAAGGCAAACGAAGAAAUAUUUGGAGUGGGGAAGGAAAAAGGAAAAGUGAAUUGUUCGUGGAAGACGACGUUAAGAAAUUGUUUAAAAAAUUCAUUGUGUUGUUAUGCAAAGUUUUUUAAUGUGCAAUUGGUUUGGUAUGAAAUGCCGAUAAAAGAUACCGGAUAAAUUGUGUUUUUUUUGCACGGUGUGUAUAAUUUAACUUCCUGCAACAUACACAUCUUAUUUAUUUACAAGCAGUGGUUAGGAACUGGCGUCAAUAACGCAUGAAAUUGGGCGGAUGGCGUAAACUUAGCGAAGCAUGAUGUCAACUUGAAUGUGUUGAAUCUUGUGUGAAAGUGCGAAUCACAAUGUGAUUUGUGUCUCUCUUUCUUCCGAAAUAAUAGAGGAAACAUGGCUAAAAUGAAGGUGAAAAUGAGAAAUUUAGCCGUGUUGCUUAUAGUGCUAGGCUUUUUAGCCGAUGGGACUAAAUCUACUCCAGAUCGCGACAGAAGCAAUAAACAUUCACAAAGUGCUGCUAAUUUUGAUUUGAUGGAUCAUCGCUACCGGGAUGAUGAUCCUGAUGACCAUUAUGGCGAUCUUGGUCAUCCUGGGUCUUCUCUGCAUCACGAUUCAGACUCACAUCUACAUCCACAUGGAGUUUGUGAACCCAUAAGAAUUGGAAUUUGUAUGGGGAUCGGGUACAACCAAACAGCUAUGCCAAACGCGCUGGGUCAUGAUUCACAAGCGGAUGCAGAAGCUCUACUUCAAACCUACACCCCAUUAAUUCAAUAUGGAUGUCAUUCAAACUUGCAACUUUUCUUGUGCUCUGCUCACGUUCCAAUGUGCACAGAUAAAAUUCCUGCAACCAUCGGGCCAUGUCGAUCUCUCUGUGAAUCCGUCAAGCUACAUUGCGAACCCGUCUUAAAAGAGUUUGGUUUCGGAUGGCCCGAGUCCCUCGAGUGUUCCAAGUUUCAUCCGGAAAACAACCACGAUAAAUUGUGCAACCCGGGCCCUUCACCAUCUCAUUAUCGCGGACCAUCUUCCUCAGUCACGCCGAAACGUGACCCCACUGAUUAUCAUCCCAGUGGAAACCCGAAAUUCCCUCACCAAACCGGUGGUGACAGUCACUACAACCCUAAAAAUAAGGAAUCUCCACCAUCUGUGCCUGUGGUACGUCCUGGAAUACAAAAUCCUCCCGGGAAUCAUUACAAUCUUCCGAGUGGAGGAUAUUCGUCAUCUCAAGGAACUCCUUUCAAGCCGUAUAACAACAACAAUAAUGCCAACAAUCCCAGCAAUAAUAAUGAUAACAACAAUGGUGCGGGGCAAAGUGAGUGUACUGGAUCUCGCAAAAUGUGGAUCAAGGGGUCCUGCUACUUGAAGUGCUCGGCAGGCUCGUUAGACUUGGAGGAAGGGACCAAUAACGCUGGUGGAGUUGGAGGAAUCUCACUUUUUCACCCGAGUGAAAAGUCAUUUGCAAGAUGGUAUGCAUUGCUAUGGGCAAUCUUAUCCUUAUCUUCAUCCCUCAUCGCUCUAACGCUCUCGCUCUGCUCGCCGCGAUUCAGCGUGGCAGAGAGGCCAAUUUUGUAUCUCGCCUUGUGCCAGGUGCUCUACAGCGUUGGCGUUAUCAUCGGUUCCACGUCGUCCGUUUCCUGCUUUGUGGACAAAGUGACGGGAAAUAACCUCCUUGCGCGAGGGGGGAUGAUCCCCUCAUCUUGCGCGUUUGUAUUUCUUCUCACUUAUUUCUUUGGGAUCGCGACGACGAUGUGGUGGGUCAUCCUCAGUUUGUCUUGGCUGCUCUCUUUAAACAGAAAUAUGGCAGCUUCCCUGUUGCAGAAGGAGUCGUCACUUUUCCACUUGGUCACUUGGGGCAUUUCGUCGAUUCUUACGUCUUCGGCUUUGGUCCACAAAGCAGUGGAUGCUGAUGAGCUGACCGGCAUUUGUGGAGUUGGAUUCCAGGAUAUGGAAGCUUUGUCUCUCUACUACUUGAUCCCACUCGUCAUUGCUCUUUCCUUGGGACUCAUAUUUCUCACCUUUGGACUCAUUGUCCGAAUCUUUUUCCCUGCCUGGAACCUACCCCUGUGCAAGUUGGACUGCUUUAAGCGUAAAGGUCUGACCUCCGAGCAGAAUCGCAUGGCCGGAUGUGAACUCUCGAAUAACUCGGCUGCCACUACGACAGCAAGUCAUCAAACCGGGCAGACCCAGGCACACCUACAAAACGGCUUUAGGACAGGACAUCAGGGCUACGGUUAUAGUCCCGUCCUGCUCGCACCACCACCACCCCCACAGUCAUACCCGCCAAAUAAUGGGCAUAAUCACCAUCAGCAUCACGGAUACCACCAGCACGGUGGAUAUUCUAAUUGUCAAAUGGAUCGGCAGUACCAUCACAAUAAUGGAUCUAUGAAUCCUUACAACCCCACCACCACGACGUGCAUGUGUUCUGCUUCUUCCGGACCUUGUAUGGGUGGAGGGAUGGGCAUGGUGGGGGCGAUCUCUGGAGGAGGAGGUCACAAUAACAACAAUGGUGGUGGUCUCCUCUACUCUACUGGCAACAGUCCAGCAAGUGUCGUGGGGAUUGGGGGAUUUCAGAGACUGAGAGCUUUGGAAAACACCAAAGCUAUUUGGAUGCGGAUUGGCAUCUUUGCUCUCGUUCAUUGUUUACCGAUUGCUUGUCAGGUGGGAACGAUUGCGUACGAGUUAUCUGGUCGAGAAGACUGGGAAGCGGGGAGAGAGCGGCCCAAUUUGCAGCUAUUUUUACUACGACUAAACAUGAAUCUCAUUGCUGGUCUUACCACGGGUGUGUGGGUGCUCUCGACAUACUCGCUGUCCAAGUCAUUGUUGACAUUUACUCGGAAGUUGUGUAACUGUCUUCAAUUCCCUCGCUCCAAGACGAAGGCAAUGUCAUCUCAUCCCCAUCACCACGAGCAAAAAGUUCCCGUCCCAUCCUCCGUCGUAGCACCACUUCUCGCCUCCUCAACGACGUCAAACAAUGUCGUCAAUCUCCCUCCAAUCCCCGUCCCGUCGGGAUCCUCGUCAUCUUCGAAUAACAACCACAAUAGUACAAUGCCCAUUUUGGGAUCAAACAACACGUUUACGACGAGAGGCGCCCUCGCUCCGCACAACAGUGUGGGUAGCAGCAACUUUCCCCGAAAUCAUUACAACCACCCCUUGCCCCCAAUUCCUCCCCGAAAUCCGGACCACAUAGCGAUAGCCCAGCAGCAGCAGCAACAACAAAGGACGGAUGCUUGGCGCAGGGGGGAAACCAUAGUCUAAAAUAAAUACAUACAUUUUGUUUUUAAUAGUCAGUCACAACCUCAUAUUAUUUAAUUAAUUAAAAUGUUUUUCACAUUAACGGGUUAGUUUAUUCACAGAUAAAUAGGUAGAUAAGGUAAUAUCGUGCGAGGUAAUUGUUCGUGAUUUUUUUUACCGUUGUUAUUUAUUUUUAAUCGCAAUUUGUUUUUGUUCAUUUGAUAGUUAGACAAGAGAUUUAAACCACAUUUUUUAGAAUCAAUCGCUUAGAAUUAGCAGUGAAUCUUUAAAAUAAUAAUAAUAAUUGACUACUCAUCAAAUUUCAGUUCAUCUUUUUCACUACUCACUCCUACUCCGUGUUAGAUUAGAUUAAACGUGUUGAUACCAAAGAGACUUUUUCAGUAAAUAUAUUAUUUAUGAAAAGCAAAUGACUUAUGACACCGGUCCGGUUGGUUGGGCCAUCAUUUUAAUAAGAAAUAUUAAAUGAAAUGCAAUAAAUUUACAAUGUGUGAUGUA